CAUUUGGAACAGAACAAUCAAUAGGCAUAGAAAAAUGACGUUUGUUGACAGUUUCGCUUUGUUAUCGUGCAGAUUAUUUUCUACAUUUCGGUCUCGAACAAAAUUCUUGUGUAUCAAUAUAGGCAAAUUUCAUAUGGAUUUGCAAAAUGAAGCAAAAACAAUGGAUAUGGUCAGCGUGCCGCCAAUCGUGGCGACGUACCGGCUCGCCCUGCAAACCUUCGACGGGAAGGCUACGGCCGACCUCCCUGCCAACAUAAACAAACUUAAGAAGAUAAUGGACAGAUUAAGAAGCGAAGACCUAGGUUUGGAGAGACGGUUAUGCGACCCGGCGACGUGGAAAAACCCUAGCAAAGCACCAUGUACGUACAUCCAAGUGUUUCAAAAUAGUUGCGUCAAUAUGAGUAUUUUCGUGUUAAAACCUGGCUUCAAGAUGCCGUUGCACGACCACCCUCACAUGCACGGUCUUUUGAAGGUAAUAUACGGUGCCGUGAACAUUCGUAGUUUCUCCGAGCACCCUGUGACUGAAAAACUGAGCGCUAUAGACAUAGCAAUACGCGCUAAGCACGAGGCAACUAGACUUGCACACGGGACACACGUGAAGCGAAAGUUUUUCGCUGAGGUUACACAGGAUCGCGUUUGUAAGGAAAAUUCUGAGACGUGUGUGCUGACUCCGACUGCAUCUAACUAUCACGAGAUACAAGCGCUUGAAAUGCCGGCAGCAUUUUUCGAUGUCCUGUCACCGCCUUAUGACACAUUGAUAGAAGGUAUAGGGCCCAGGCGAUGUAGCUACUAUAAAGUAAGUAAUAAGUUGAGCACUAACUUAGUGGAAUUGACGGAGACAGUAGCGCCGGAUUGUUUUUUCUGUGAUCAGUCUCCUUACUUAGGCCCUAAGCUGACAUAGGUACAAAUUAAGUUAUUAGGUAGCUAUGAAAUUGAAAUAAUUGACCAGGAAUGUGUACCUUAGAUGAAUUUAAUGUAUGUAUGAUACAUUCUUUAGUUAUUAUUUUCAUGAUUUCAUACAAAUAUAGAUUCACAUUAGUACAUUAACAAAUCUGUGUGGGGAUUACUAAGAUGUCUUUAUACAAGCAUAUUUUAUUAUUUCCAAAUAUUGUGACAAAAAUGGAUUAUACGUAAAAAUGUUUAACUAAAAUGACAGUCAAGACUUUUCAAAAGUAUCCAUGCUAUCCAUGUAAUAUCUAAUACAGUAUAAUAAUAAUAAUUUUAUAUAUGUCCCACUGCUGGGCACAGGCCUCCUCUCAAGCACUAAUACAGUAAUUUUGUUUAAUGUUGAUUUCUUUUAUGAAAGGAGUUUAAAAAUUAUUAUAAAUCAUUAUUAUCCAUGCAAACUCAGAAAGUAAUCUGCAUUCUAAAUUUACUAUGACUGUCAAAACAAAUAGUUCAAAUAUUUUAGUGCCUUGAUUUUAAUGUCUAAUGACUGCAAAUCAACAGAAAAUACAUUAUUUCAACCCAGCUGUCAGAAUGGAUGUGAAAUAAAAGUGACUGAUCUCUAUACAAAGUUGCAUUAUUCCAAAACACAAAGGCAUGUAAUAUUGAAUAUUUGGCACCCCGUGGUAUUUGAAAGUUAGCCACCCAAUAGUUGUCCAAAACUGACCACAAUAUUUGGCCACUGCCACUCCUGGGCCAUAGCCCCUUUUGCCCAACGGGUAAAGAUCUAGCUGCCCCUGCCAAAACACCUUAACCCAUUAAUUUCUUUAUCAUUCCGUUACUCUUUUAGUAAUUGUGUACUUAUUGUUACACAAAAUAAAGAAAUCACCAUUCAAAAUUAUAUGGGGGUAAGUCUUCUCUAAAAAUGCCCCAUCUACAAGCUAUUUUUGAAGAAACAACUUUGUAUGACGAUUUGCAAUCUUAAUUGCCAGUCUGAUCUUAUAUUCUUUGUCAUUUCAUACUAGGGAUUUAAGGGCACUAAGUUUAAGAUUAUUAUCAGUCACCGUCACUCGUUAAAUGAUUUUAAUGUUAAUGUGACAUCAGGCAAAAGGUAACUGACAAAGUACCUUUUGGCUGAGAAAGACUCUAAUGUAGAGUCUAGAACCUAGAUGUUACCACUAAGUAUAAUCAUUCAGUCCUAUUGAUCUCCAUGAAUUUUCUGUCAUACUUUUAGAUAUUGAGUCUAAUAUGAAGUCACAUAGGGUAAUUCGCCAGUAACUGGCCACUUUGAUGAAUUCUGUUUAUAGGUGAAUAAAUUCAUUUUUAGUUUAGGGUGGCUAAUUACUAAAAGUGGCCAGUUACUGGCGAAUUACCCUAUAAAGUCAAAACGCACAUAAAAAAGGUCAAUUAUAUUAGGCUUAAAUGCAUAUUAUUUAUAAUAAAAUUAUUUGGAACAAAAUUCUAUAAUCUUAAUCAUUUUUGGCAUUUAUUUUUUGUUAUAUCUUUCAGGUUUUUUUUUAAAUCAAUUUCUUAUAUUUAUUAUUGUUUUACCAAGCAGACCUUAAAAAUAUUUUAAAUAUACAAAAAAAUAUGGUUUUAGUUGAAUUUUACCAAUACAAUCAUCAGAUUGAUUGAGCAAUUUAAUGAAUAUUAAAUACGUACCCGGCGGCAUACGGCGGGAUGAAGUUGAUAACUCGAGAUAUUCUCUUGAAGAAAUAUGAAUUUAAAAUAAAAUUGCAUAAGGUUCAAUUUUCUUCAAUUUUUUCCUGGCAGUUAUUAUCUUGUUCCCGCCGUGUACGAAAAUAUGUACCUACCACAAUAAUUAAGUACGUAAAUCAAAUACGUUCAUCCAUUUUUUUUUUUAUUAUGUGACCUAAAACGUAUUCUCUUCUGCAAUAAAUUAAAGAUACUUUUACGAAUGUUAGAUUAGACUAAUGAUUAUAAUGAUAUAGUAAUGUACCUAGUUAAUUGUGUCAUAUUUAACUUUAUAGUUAAGUAUCAGGGUAUUGCGACCACUAACAUUAAGUGAUACUAAUCAAAUCAGUGGUGUAGCUAAAAACUUGUGUGGAGUGUAUGGUGGAGGAACUAAAAGCGAUAAUAACGCACGUUAUACACCGUGUUUUGUGGGGUAUGGUUAAGUACGUUUAAGAGAACAAAAUGGCAUAGUUAAUUUUCAAAAAAAAAUUUUUUUUUGCUUUAAAAAUAAAAAAAUAAGUUUAAAAAGUAAUUAAAUGUAGCAUGUAGCGUUGUUGUAAGACGGGCAUUACAUUUAACUCAACCAAACAAUUGAAAUCUGUGACAUAUCAAUGUCAUUUCGAACAUCGAUCGACCGAGAUUGUACUUAAGUUUAGUAGCAAAUGUAUGAACUCAUUCUAAACACUAAUCAAUAUGUAAACCGGCCCUAAGGCAAGUGUACACGCUUGUAGAGGCCUUAUAGGAAAAAAAUAAAAUAUUGAUUAUCUCCGAAAUGGAGUUAAUUAGAAUAUCGGUGUCUUUGAGAAAGUUACUUGAUUUAAGCUCAGGAAUGCACCCUUGUAAUUAACGGAAAACAAAAAAAACACGGUGUAUAUGUAUCCAAAUACUUUGGGCGUGACCCUCGUAAGCCAACACAACACGUGACAAACAAUAAGUUCUGUUUUUUAUGGUAUAGAAUCUAGGUAAUAACAUGACAGUCACAGAAACAUAAAAGUAUGAUUUGGUAGUCAAUAUAGUAAAAUUUUGUAUGGUGGGCCUUACGAGGGUACUUAUCUGGAAUAUAGUUAUAUAAGCUGAGUUUAACCCUUUAUAACGUAUAAGGGUUCAGAAAUUAUGCAAAAUUGAACCCUAUCGGUUUAAAACAAAGUUCAAGAGCAAGUGGGAAAUAUAUUCCCGCUGCCUUACAAAGGGUAAACAAGAUUUUUCAUAUGUUUAAUAUGUGAUUAGCUACACCACUGAAUCUAAGGCUAUUUCUUAAUCUUUGGAAGGCUUAUUAAGUAUUUUACUUAGCUUUAGGUUAAUCUACAUUGCUAUUGUACAUCAGGAUAUACUGGUCUGAUUUUGUUAUCUGACCAUACUUAACAACAUUUACUGUAGGCCAAAUUACAAAAUCAGUGUUUAAUACAUUUCGGCGAUUCGUAUAUGAACUUAGCUAUUUUUUGUUCGCGAUUUUGGGGUUGAUCCCAUAGUCAUUUCAGUAUGACCUUCCUACAUGUUCACCUAAAAUACGUGAAAAUAAAAUACGUCAGUUAUAUUAGUUUAAUAUUAGCAUCACUCUCAAGGAGGGGUGAAAGAACUUUCAAGACAAUCAAUCACAAUCUUACUACAAUAGAAAUAAAAUGGAUUGAUUUUGUAUGGAAAACCGGAUACUUAUACGUGACCAGUUUUCAUUGACGGCUGGUAUAUGUAUCUAGGUUUGUGAAGUGAAGUAUUUUUCAAUAUUAGUCUUACAACUUUUAGUACGUAAUAUGGCAGACUGUUUAACGUCGUUACUUUAUGUAGUAAACUAAUAACACCAAAACAUUUUAACCCUCUACCAUGCUGACAUUUCAAAAAUGACAAUCGAAUGUCAAGUCUUACACAUCGAAAAUAGAACACAUUUAUUGAAGUGCUGUAUGUGGGAAAUCUAUGUCCCUUAGCCUGGUGAAGGGUUAAAUGGUAUACAUUCCAAAAUCUGUGUUUAACAUUAAGUUUAACAUGUGUAAAAUAACAGAAAGCUAUAAUUUCAGAUGAUUUUUAAGACAUGUAGAGUACCAUUACAUAAAAGGGGUGACUGUAACAGUUCCAAUUUCUUCUAAAACCGAUAAUAUUAAGUCUGUUAAAGUAUUGGAGGUUUUACUCAUAUUAUCAUUUUAAAUGAUAUCUAUCCCCUAUAAAAUAAAAUAAUCUAUAUUCCCCAGUAACCCAGUAAUUCCAUCUACUCUGAGUAGUCUUAAUUCGUUAACUGAUAUAUUUUUCUUGUUCUAUCGCUUGCAUAGUUCACCCGUGUGUACUGCACACUUGAAAAAAAAAAUGCAUGUAGGUAUCUGAAAAUAGGGGCUACUUUGAUAUUUUAUAGCUUAUUUAUCUCCAAGAAAUGCAGAUGUCUUUAAAAUGAAAUCAGUAAUAAUACAGUAAAUACAAAUUGUUACCUGAUCUCUAAAAUAUGCAGUUUUAAUUAAAUAUUACUGUGAAAGAAUUUUACUUUUAAGUUCUAAGUUAAGUUUGUAGGUUUCACUUAGACCUAAGUCUCGUUUUGUAAUGGUUUCUCGGACAUAGUAUUGUAUUGAAUUGACGUUUUUGUUAAAUAAAAUAUAAUGUUGUUAAAAAUGUCUCUUAUUUAGUGCUAUGUUUAAGACACCCCGGCAAGUAUUGAGCCUUUAUAAGACAGGAGGGAAUAUAUUUCCCACAUGAUUUUGAAGUUUAUUUCAAAGUAGGAUUAAAUUUUGCAUAAUUUCUGACAUUCAUAUAUGUAUUAUAUAAACAAAAUAUGAACUUAAGAGUGAAUCCGCCGAAUAUUACUAGAGA